GUGCAGUCGAGUCUGCUUUCGUAUAGGCAAACAUGUUUACUCCACGUGUACCAUGUCUCAUGCAUGCCAGGCAUAUUGCCAUCCUAUUUCCAUACGUCCAAAUUCCCAUCCAGAUACAAGAGUCAUUAGGAAGGGCAAGGGUGAAGGGAACUUGGGGAAGCAGCAGCAGCAGCAGCAGUGGCUGCAGUGCCUCCGCGACGUGUGCUAAGUGGGACAGCAAGGCAGAUCCUCCGCGCCGCUUGUUCCACCACAGCGCCACACACCACAGUCCUCGCCGCGUCUUCACACCGCUGGUAAUGUCCACGCACAAAGCUGAAGAGUCUCCGACCAAACCUCAUAACGGAAUGGCCAAUGGGUUUGGACCGAAGACUCCCUUCCUCAUCGGGGUGGCCGGAGGAACCGCCUCGGGCAAGUCCACAGUGUGUAAACGUAUCAUGGAAAAGCUUGGCCAAGACGAUAUAGAACACUCUCAGCGUCGAGUUGUCUGCAUUUCCCAAGAUGCCUUUUAUAGACCCCUCAAUCCUGAAGAAAGUUCUAAGGCCCUCAAGGGUGUCUUUAACUUUGACCAUCCUGAUGCUUUUGACAAUGAACUUGUGUUGAAAACUCUUCAGCAAAUUCUAGAUGGCAAAAUCUGCAGAAUCCCAAACUAUGAUUAUGUUACCAACUCAAGAUUGGAAAGCACAACUACCAUAUACCCUGCAGAUGUUGUACUAUUUGAAGGAAUCCUUAUGUUCUACCAGCCAGAAAUAAGAAAUCUUUUCCAUAUGAAGCUCUUUGUUGACUCAGAUGCUGACACAAGGUUGGCCAGAAGAGUGAUGAGAGACACAAGAGAGCGGGGAAGAGCCCUUGAAAUGGUGCUCCAUCAGUACACAAAUCUUGUCAAACCUGCUUUUGAAGAGUUCUGUCUACCAACCAAAAAGUUUGCAGAUGUUAUCAUCCCAAGAGGAGCAGAGAAUAUUGUUGCCAUUAACCUAAUAGUGCAGCAUAUCCAAGAGAUUGUCAACGACCGCUCAGGAAAUGGCUCCGGAAAUGGGAAUCAACAAAGAUCACGAUCAAACUCUGAUUCAAAAAUUCGAUAAGCAAAGCAUUACAGCUUUGCAGCAGUCAGAUGUAGACAUAUUUUUGUAUGAUACUAAACACCAUUGUCUACCACUUGUACUUGAUACAUAAUGGUGGAGGACAGGUGUAUGCUUGCCAAACUCAUUGCUUAUGAGGUAUUUUAGCAUUAUUAUUUUAUUUUUCCAAUUUAGUUAAUAACUUAGUAUAUAGUGGAGGUUUUUACAUAUAUUUUUUUAAAUUUCACAUGCUCAGACCAAUAGUUCUUCCUACCUACAUUGUCUGCAGUACAAAUUAAUGGAGUUUACUGUGGGGAAAAUAUACUUAAUGAAGCAGUUCAUUAACAUGUGCUCUCACACACACACACACACACACACACACACACACACACACACACACACACACACACACACACACACACACACACACACAGAGACCACAUAUUGUAGUUGAAGCAUACUUUGCUUACAACCGAGAAGGCUUAGGUUUGAGUCCCGGGUGCAGCAAGACAAAUUGGCGAGCCUCUUAAUAUGUAGGCCCGGUUCACCAAGCAGCAAGCAGGUGCACGUGUAACCCGAGUGGUUAUGGUCUUGCUGUCCAAUGUAUGGUGUGUGAAUGGUCUCAGUCCUACCUGAAGAUCAGUCAGUAUGAGCUCUGAGCUCUUUCUUUAGGGCAAUGGCUUGUUGGGUGGCCAUCAAACAACCAUAGAUAAAUCACACACACACACACACACACACACACACACACACACACACACACACACACACACACACACACACACACACACACACACACACACACACACACAUUCCCUUACACUGUUCACUAAUUCAGUGCCACUUGGGAAACUGAGAUUUGCAUUGGUGCUCUAUUUCUUUCAUUAUGAGCAACCAAAUUAAUUUUCAUGUUGGAAAAGCAAAUAAGUUUUACUGAUAAAUGAGCAGUUUCUUACCUCUUUGUGCUGGAAGACCAGGUCUUCAUUGUGUGAAAGCAUUCAGGCUUUCAAUUCCUUCUAAAAAUAUAUAAUAAUAAUAAUGAUAAUAAUAAUAAUAAAGGUUACAUGAGGUUUCUGUUCUCAUCAGUAUGUGAUCACUGUUCCAUCUGUGAUCCUCAAGGUCAUGAUGAACCUCCCCCCCCAUAUCACAUACAUUGAUUUUGUUUUAUAACAAAAUAACAACAAAAUGUGAUGCACAAUCUAUUAAUGUUGUUCUUAAGAAAACCAUGUUCUAUUGCAAGAACAAUCCUUUCAGGCCUUCGGUAUAAUAGUCUGCACACUUGUAUGAUGAAUAGCAACUUGCCUUCAGAAAUUAAUCUUUAUUAUAUUUUUAUAUAGAUUUUCUACAGUUUCUUUUGGAAAACCUCCGGGACACCAAACACAUCAGAAUUUAAAAUUCUAGUGUGUUCAAUAAUAUAUACACAGGUUUUGUAGGAUUUUAAUGCUGCUAGGAAGUGUUAUAUGGUUUAUAAUUAUGUAUAUAUUUUGACUUGCCAUCUAAGUAUUUGGUAGUUUUUCAUAUAAAUGUUACAUGUAAAUGAGACCUUAGUGAAAAAAAAUACAUUUAGGUAGUAUAAGUGUCAGCAAACCAUCUGCCAAUAUUAUGAGAAGCUAAAGCCUAAGUAUUUUAGAUAUGGAAACUGCAAGACAUGUUCUGGUCUUACCACUUCCUAGCCAUUUUUUUUUGCAUAUCACUGAAUUGUUUGAAAAAAAAAAUCCUGAUAUAUAGCAGCUAACAGACCAUUUAUUUGUUUACUUCUGUGCUGCUUAUAACUCACUCUCUAUUUCAUUGGGUGUUGUUAUUUUGCGUGUGGCCCUUCAUGUGUUUGCAUUUGACCAAUUAGCCACAGCAUUUCUUCGAUAUAUAUAUAUAUAUAUAUAUAUAUAUAUAUAUAUAUAUAUAUAUAUAUAUAUAUAUAUAUAUAUAUAUAUAUAUAUAUAUAUAUAUAUAUAUAUAUAUAUAUACCAUACUGAAGCAUUCAGGGAACAGUGACUUCAAGCUCAAGCCAAAUGUUACUAAUGGUUUGCAUUUCCGCUUAUUAAGAUACUCCAUGAAAAGUUUACAUGUUCUUAGUUAUCACCACCAUUGCAUUCAUGAAAAUUUCAGAUUAUAAGAUAUCUAGUACCUUUGUUCUCAAUCUCUCUCUCUCUCUCUCUCUCUCUCUCUCUCUCUCUCUCUCUCUCUCUCUCUCUCUCUCUCUCUCUCUCUCUCUCUCUCUCUCUCUCUCUCUCUCUCUCUCUCUCUCUCUCUCUCUCUCUCUCAGUAAGAACAAUCAUGAAGAGAUAAGUGGAAAAUGGAAUUACAUGCAUAAGAGUGAGACAGUAUGAGAAAUGAAGUGAAAAUGAAUGAAUGAGAGAGAGAGAGAGAGAGAGAGAGAGAGAGAGAGAGAGAGAGAGAGGGGGGGGGCAAGCAAUAACACUCCCUUGUCCAUAAUCUCUGACAGAAAUGGAAGAUGGGAGGUGACAGGUUUGAGAAUUGGAAAAAUGGGAAGAGACAGGAUCUGAUAGGUGAGCAGUGGCUUGUACUGCUGGUGUAUUAAUCAUGUGAGUUUUAUUUUGUUAUUCCAAUGAAUUUUUUUAAUUGAAAUUCCAGUGUUCAGGAGUGGCAAGUUUGUUAAGCCAGUUUUGGUGUGUUUUCCUGUCAAAUAUUUAUUCAAAUUUCAGUGCGUUAUUGCAGUUGCAUGUCAUAACAAAUGUGCAUUGUUGCAUACCCUAUACAGGGUGUCCUAUGAUCUAAGGUAUACUUAGAGAGUUGAUAGUUCUAGUAAAAUCUUUUAUACACACAUGAUGUGUUUUGCUCUAUUUUGCAAGAAAUUAAGGUGUACAUUGAAUAUAGCGCAAAUUGCUCCCUCUGGAUGGGCCUUCGCAUCCUCCCUUCCCUCCCUCUUGGCUCACUACGUACUUGAGUUGUACUGUGUGGCAUUAAGUGAUAAUUAUUGUUUACAAUGUAUGCAGUCGUAUAUACCCUUUCAGAAAACAGUUAACAAAUGACAACUUAAAUUUUUGUUUGUGUUUUAAGUAUAAUAAAUUUAACUGCUAUUUUCACUCGUAAGAAAACCCAUAAGCCACUUUGAAAUGUGUUACAUAUGUAGUGGUCUAUGAAAGUACAGGGAUUUCUCAAAUUAUGUGAGGGAUACGAUCCUGAAGGGAUCGUAUAAUUUAUAAAUCACAGAAAGUGAACAUGAUUACUAAAUUAAACUGUGCAGUACUUACCAAGUCUGGAGGAUUGCAUUCAGCUGACUUUAAGUUGAAGGAUAUGAGUUGUAGGAUAUCAAACAAACUUAUAAAGGAGAA